AUGAGACUAGGACAAUGAGUUACAAACCUUACGAUUCACUAUAUUCUACUCAUUCUUCUUAAAAAAACCCUCCUCUUCAUUCAUUACACUCUCCCGUCGUUCCGCCGCCGCAUCGUCGCCGCAUUCAGCCGUGUUCUCGGAUAUAUUUUUUCAUUCUUUCACGUCUAUCACUUUCCAGGACAUUAAAAAUCUCAAGACCCUAAGCGCAUAUUGAUAUUAGAGUUUUCUUCCAUGGCUUCUUGGCAUUCGGUUCCAAUUCAUUUGUCAUAUGAAAUUUUGGGUUGGUUUGCAUUCAUUACUUGGUCUAUUAGCUUCUACCCACAAGUCAUUUUGAACUAUCAAAGAAAAAGUGUUGUUGGAUUGAACUUUGAUUAUGCGGUGCUAAACAUGGUGAAGCAAAUUUUCUAUUUGGUCUAUAAUGUGUCUAUGUUCUUCAGCUCUUCUGUUCAUAAGCAAUAUGCAAAUAAAUAUGGCCACAAACAGAUGAAUCCUGUGGCAUCAAAUGAUGUUGCAUUCUCAUCCCAUGCUGUUCUAAUUUCAGUAGUUACCUUAUACCAAAUUGCAGUUUAUGAACGUGGAAAUCAAAAACUCUCAAAAGUGACUGCAGGAGUGGUACUUGUUGUCUUGUUAACUGCAGGAGUUUGUGUCAUCAUUGCUUUGCCCCAUCAUCAUUGGCUUUGGCUAAUUUCAAUCUUCAAUGGCAUCCAAGUUGGUUUGACAAUUAUAAAAUACAUUCCCCAGGCAGUGAUGAACUUCAUGAGAAAAAGUACAGAUGGAUGGAGUAUUGGUUUGGUUUUGUUGGAUUUUUUUGGAGGGAUAGCAAAUUAUUUACAAAUGAUUAUGCAAUCAAUUGAUCAAGGUUCUUGGAAGAACAUCUAUGGCAAUAUAGGGAAACUUCUUGUAGCUGUGGUGUCUAUAAUAUUUGACAUAAUUUUUAUGUGCCAACAUUAUUGCCUAUAUCCUCCCAAAGAUACCAAAUUAGAUGCAGCUAACAACAAUUGUCAGAGACUGUUGCCAAUGCAGUUUAAUCUUGGAAAAUUACAAUGUUUAACAACUCUUUCCUAG